UUUAUUUUUUUACAGAUUAUUUGGAUGAAGAGAGUGCAAAACUUGAGUCUAAACAUUUUGACUGUUACGUUAUAAAACCUAUUGACGACGGCGGUCAUUAGUUGUUAUCCGACUACGAUGACGCGGUGCACGACAUGAUGCUGGACUUUAUCGGCUACGGGCGUCCGGGUUAUGAGUUUCUGUCGUACGCCGAAAACGCUAUGUUCCCGUUCGAAACUCCUUCGUUCUGCAGACCUUCGAGAUAUUACUUACUGUACAACGAUGAUGUGGGCGUCUACGACGUGUAUCAGGAGCCCGCUGCGGACGCUGUUGCUAAGCGCGAAAACUGUGCCGAGUGGAAAAGCAAAGCGUUGGACAUCGUCGACCCGGUGACCGGUGAAAACUACAGUUUUCCGUCGAUUGAUUUUCGUCGAACCGUUUGUUUCUUUUCCCAUACGUCGUUUUCGCCACCAUGUUAACCUGUCUCGUUUUGGUAUCACGCUGCGACCGCGUUCGCGGUUACAUUGUACCGACUACGACUGCGGUAUACCACAAUAAUUUGCAUUACGCACCAUUACCUAUGUUUAUGGUCAGUCGAAUAAAAUAUUUGCUUGUUAUUUAAUUGUUAACGGUCGUUGAUAUUGCGUUUUUGGAUCGAAAAAAAGCGCUAAUACACGAAAACUUCUUCGAUUUACCAGCCAAUCAAAGUAUGCUAAAUUUAUGUUCAACGAUGAUUAUCAGAUACUGGGUAAGUAUUGUUCACAAUACUGAAAUAGGACACAGAGUGCGAUCUAAAAAAAAAA